UUUAUCUUUUAUUCGGCGUAAAUCACAAAAAUCGUCUCUGUCUUCCAUUCCUUUACUAAAGUUGUACAAGUUUGAGCUGUUUGACCAUGUCGCUCAGCGGAAAAGUAGUCCUUGUUACGGGCGCAUCGCGGGGAAUCGGGAAAGGUGUCGCUCUACAACUGCGACGAGUGGUGCUGAUUGUGUACAUUACAGCAGCCGGCCCAGGAUGUCAGCAGCAUACCGCCGACGAAGUGCAGCGUCGCGGUGGCCAGUACAUCCACGUCCUGUGCGAUCCUAAUCGGCACGAGAAAAAUUAUGCGGUCUUUCAACAAAUUGUAAAGGAGCAGGGACGCCUGGACAUUCUGGUGAGCAAUGCGUAUUCCGGAGCGCCAGAAUUGUACGGGAAUCAUUACAUUUGCGCCGUUAAAGCCGCUCGCAUCAUGACACAGCAGAAAACCGGAUUAAUCAUCAACGUGUCGUCUUCCGGGGGCGGUGGUUAUCUUUUCACACCGGUCUACGGAAUCGGAAAAGCAGCAUGUGAUCCAUUGAACUAA